AUAAUUUAAAAUAAAUUUUGGUUUGUUUUAGAUUGGAGGACUUACCAUAAAAAAUCAAAUAAUCGUAGAAGCUCUUCUAUUGCAAGAUUUGCCAUACACAAUUUUUGAUGGAAUAUUUGGGUUAAGUCCCAAAGAUGAUCGCCAUUAUUUAAUGUCACCUUUCUAUAAUAUGAUACUUCAGGACUUAGUGCCUUCUCCUGUGUUUUCUCUCUAUUUCUCCGAGUAAUAAUUUAUUAUACAUGGUGCAAAAAAUGAAUUAAUAUUUGGAGGAGUGGAUCCAAACUACUAUAAAGGAGAGUUUAUAUUUGUGAAUACACUCAACAAGAUGACUGAUCGCUGGCAAUUUCUCUUCAAAGGGAUAUAUGUGGAAGAUAAGGAGUUGAGCAAAAGGGGUUGUCUGGGUAUUGUGGACUCAGGCUCUGACUUUUUGAUGGGGUCUAAGGAAUUAAUAGAAGCGAUUAUGGAAUCAAUAGACCCUCAACGGGUUACCAACAAAGUGCAUGAAGGCUAUAUCGUCUCUUGCAGUGAUAUUGACAAACUAAAAGAAGUAAGAUUUAAAACCAUGGAGAACAAGAUAUUAUCCAUGAUGCCUAAGGAAUAUGUUUAAACGGGCUGUAAUUAACAACAGCGAGUUUUGCUACACAUCUUUCUUGGUUCUCCAUGGGUUAAAUACUACAGAUUCUACUCCCAUUCUGUGUUUCGGCAGCGUAUUUAUGAGGAAAUAUUACACACAGUUUGACCUCAAGGAGAGCAGAAUUGGUUUUUGCACUAGCAAGCUAAGACAUGUUUACUGAUGUACACACAAGCUGACAUGCUUACUGUUGCACAUAUCAAAAAUAACAUUGAAGAGCCUGAAUAAUUUGAUGAAAGUAUUGAUUACUCUUCAAUCGUUCUGGCUGAAUUGCAGUUCUCUGUGAAAACCAUUUAUAAAUUCAUUUCACCCAGCUGUAAC